UAUUUACUAUACUACAAACGAACAAGUAUUACAUUGCUACAGUGAAGAAGACAUUGACUAAAACUAAGAGUUUGAAAUUAUAUUGGAAUUUACGAUUUUGAAAAGGAAUUGUUCACAUUUGGACCUUAAACGACUUUACAUAUUUAAACAGAUAUUAAUAGCCAGCAGAAUGGUAGCCGUAUCGGUGUAUCUGGGAGUUAUUCUGGUCGCUCUGGUCCUCGCCUAUUGUAGAAUCUUCGCCCGCAGAAGGCGAAAGAGCGAGCCCGCACUUGUCCCAGGCAGUUUUCUGUGGGGAAAUGGAAAGGAUUUUGCAGAAAAUGCAGUCGAAUUCAUCCACAAGUCUACUAAAAAGUUUGGUGAUAUUUUCACAAUACGCCUUUUAAAUCAGCACAUCACGAUCAUUAGUGACCCACACUCGUAUGAAAGAAUGUGCAAGGAGAAAACUUUCGACUUUGAUCCAAUUCAAAAACAGGUUAACAACAACGUGUUUAGUUUCCAACUGAUAGACUCUAAGAAAAUGAUCAAAGAGGCGUCAAAAAAGGUGAAGGGACAAUAUUUAUUUGCCAACAUGAACAAUUUCUCCAACCACUUGCGGGAAUCUUUCGCCGAUGCUACAUGUAAUCUGCCGAUGACGGACGGCUGGUGUCGAGAUGGUCUUCGAUCCUUCGGUUCCAGAACGAUGUUCCGCGCAAUCUUCAGAUCCAUCUUCGGCAAGGAGAAACCAGAAGAUGUUUUCGAGCCGGUGAACGUCUACCAAAAUUUUGAUGUGUUUCACAAGUACUUCAACUUCUUGUGGCUUGGACUGCCAAUCAAGCUAUUUCCGAGCGCCUGCAGGGCCUUGGAUGUUCUUGUCAAGAUGCCCAAAUCUGACGAGAUUCUCGAAAGGUCAGAUGUGUCAGAUUACAUCAAAUACUCAACAGAGUUCAUGAAAUCCCAUGGACAGACGGAGUCGGACAUUAUUGGACAUAAUCUUGUGUUCCUGCACGUGAACUACAACACAUUCCGCGUGUCCUACUGGCUCAUCUACUACCUGAUGAAGUACCAAGAUGCUCUACAGGCCCUUCGACAGGAGAUUAAUGAGUUUGUUGAGACAAAGGCCUCUUUCUGUGAUCCGGAAGGACCCGUAGAACUAACCCUAGCUGAGCUCGACAAACUUCCAGUGCUUAACAGCGUCUUGAAUGAGACUAUUCGAUAUACCAGCGGCGUAUUCAUGGUGCGGGCGGUGACCGCUGACACUGACUUCUGUAUGGAGAAUGGUCAAACUUACAAGUUGCGCGCCGGCGACCGCGUGGCCAUCUACCCUCCUGCUAUCCACAAGGACCCAGAAAUCUUUGAAAAUCCCCUGGAGUUUAAAUAUGACCGUUUCGUCGAUGCAACAUUCUACAAAAAUGGACGCGAGUUGAAGAAUCCUUUGUUGGCUUUCGGUUCGUUGUGCCCCGGGAAAAAGCUAGCGAUGACUCAGGCAAAGUGGUUCAUUUUCAACCUUGCUCACAAUUUUGACUUUGAAACAGUGGACGGCCAGACAUGUGAACCGGAUGUGCAUUAUCAUGGUCAUGAAAUUUUGCCACCAACAAGAGACGUUGAGAUCUUGUACAGAAGGAAAGAAAACAGGCGGCCUGUUGAGUUUGUGCAAUGAGCGCCGCCGCGUUCUCCAGUAUGGACAUCAGUAAAUCCCAUCCACCCUCGCAACUUACCGGGGUCAGGAGGCUCCAAACUGCAUCAUAAACCGCGGGAACUGGGACAUAACCCGCGAGCAGCGCAUGCGCGAUGCACCAGGGAUGCCCCGCACUUGUUUUUGUUAUGUUCUAAAUUAUAUUUUGGUACACAUUUAUAAUAUGUUUGUUAGGGACUGUUAAACUUACGAUUUGUUGUAAAUGCGUCUGCAACAAGUGCUAUGAUUGUUAAUUUAUUACAUUUUACACGCGUUAUUUUGUAUAAUAAUUCGCCAAAAUGUGUUGUUUGUAUGUAUUUAAGCAUGAAUGUGAAACACUGUUAAAUGAGAAAACGGGUCACGUGCUAAUAUUGUAUAUAAUGAUUGUAAACUUCAUAUCCUCAUAAAGAUGAAAUUAUCACAUGUUGAAAUGCAUAGUUUUCUGUUUAAUAGUGUACAUUCUGUAUAAACUGACCAUGCGUUUACUGUGGCAUUUACCCAACUGUUCACAAACCUUGUUCAACUGUCAAAGUGCUACAUUUUACUUGACAUCAACUAUUUAUUUCUUUAUUUAUUUAUACUUUUCAUUUUUAUACAUUAUUUACCAUUGUUAAAACAUUUAAGUACUAAAUGAAUUCCUGGUAGUCUGCAUUGUAAAUCAUAAAAGCCUGAAAUUGUUAUUCAUUUUAAAGAAUUUGAAUUCUAAUAUUUACUGUUCGACGAACACACGGAACAGUGUUAUAUCAAUAAAUCAAGAUACAUUGUACAUUAGAUAUGUAUCAUCUGUAUCAAUCAUUAGAUCCAAUUCACUUAAUCAUAUAUUGAAAUUAGUUCGUUCUCGCCAGCACCAUUUGUCAUAUGUAAAUAAUCAUCGUAUUUAUUAAAUCAUUUAUUUCCCCUACACGUCAAUAAUAGAGACAUCUCCACAUUCCUUAUGAUGUUAAACAUCUUUUGAAUUAAAGGAAUACAUAGAUUGUUUCCUGUUAUUUUAUUUUUUAAUCCAUGUUAUACUCUGUUUUAUGCUUCUUCAAAUUAUAAUAUUGAUUCAUUUAGAUUUACUUGGAUCUGACAUUUUUUUUUUAAAUCCUAUGAGAAAAAAGUUUAAGAACGUGCAUUAAAAUGAAAAAAAGAACAUUGUUGAACUCACUCUUCAUGUAAGACGGCAAUAGUUUGUAAUUCUAUGAUGUAUAUUGUUAUAAUGUUGUGAUCAAAUGCUAUGUGAUUCGGUUGGUGCUUUGUCCGGAGAUAUGAAGAAUAAAAUGCAUUGAAUUGAA